AUGGCGGCGGACUUUUAUUUCAUUCUUCUUUUGGUUGUGUGCUGUGUGCAUUUAUAUGUCUGCCCGUUUACCAAAGUAGAAGAAAGUUUUAAUUUGCAGGCAACUCAUGACUUACUCUACCAUGGAAUGAACAUUUCCAAGGUACGUAUUUUCCAGAUUUUUAUGGCAUAUGCCUCAGAAGGUUCGAUCAUGGGAAAACGUGUUCUUUAUUUUUAGCUUUAUUCGGGCUGGGAUGUAGAAUUUUUUUUAAUGAUAGCCUUUAUUUUCGAACCAAAGAACAUUUUUUUUUGUUUUGUUUUAUAAUCAGGGAUUUGUCACGUUAUCAUUCAUACAUGGGUUUAGUGACUUUCGGAGAAAGGCUACGAAACUGGGUGGGAGGGUGGAGGGAGGGGAAGGUGCCUAUAAGUUACUGAACUUAAAACAAAAAUCAAACAAACAAACAAACAAAAAGAAUAUAAAUAAAAGUAAAAGAGCGAAACUGCAAAGUAGGAGAUAGGCCUGCCGUUCUUAGAUUUAUGUAAGCUUGAUUAACUAAAACUGAGAGUAAAUCCCAGUGUGAUGGCUUCAUGGAAAAGGAAAAAACUAUGGAGGAGGGGGGAAGGGGUCACAUAUGGUCUUGGAAGGCAAACAAAACCCACAGUUUUUGGAGAAUAACACCUUCAACAGCAGAAGAAGGACCAGGGUGGCUAAAAUCUACCCUUUGUUAUACCCUGCUAUCUUCUCUCUUGCCUACUACAGGCUUUGAUUCCCAUUUCCUACCUUUUAUUACCCUGUCCUGUACAUAUCAGUCAAUUGUAGUGUUUAAUCUUUGUUGUAGUAUGAUCAUUUAGAGUUCCCUGGUGUGGUGCCUAGGACAUUUCUUGGACCAAUUGUUGUCUCCUCCCUUGCAUAUCCUGCUGUCAUGAUCCUUAAAUUUGUUGGUUCAUCUAAAUUAUGGUCACAGUAUGUAGGUAACUUACAUUUCAUGGAAUACUUCUUUGAUAUCAAUAUGACUGUUUUGCAUUAUUAUUUAAAAUGUAACCUUGAGACAGGUCAUCUUGCAUUUACAAACCUUUUGACCUGUCUUGCAUAUUUUUGUUUCAAUCCUUUAACUCCCAAGAUCUCAUUAGUAAUUCUCUUUAUUGUCAGCCAUACAGUUCUUGUGAUGUUAGUUUGGAGAAUUUGGGAUUGUAUCAACUUAUAAUCCCCUAAUUGAUAUUUUUCUUUAUUCUCAUCACUUGUCUGCUUGAUAUUGUAUUGAUAUUGUAAGGAGAAAUUCUGUGUUGGUCACUCAUGGGAGUUAAAGCAUCAAACACUUUCAAUACCUUUUUAACUCAAAUUAUUACUAAUUUUUUUCUCCCACUAUUUUCUCAUUUUACAUAUUCUGAUAUUUUCCUCAUUUUCCCCGAUAUCUUUUCUUUAAAUUCUUUUCAUCUUUGGGGUCUCAAACAUGUUCUAAGUUUCAUCAUUUAUUGACUCAAAUUAGUAUAGGUAAUAACAUGAUUCUCAGUGCAAUUUGGUGCUAAUAAGCAAGAGAAAAUUUUUUUCAAAGACAAUAAAAUUUCACAAGCCCACAGGGUCCACCAGUGCAAUUUGUAGUCUUUGAAAAAUUUACAAGUGCUUAUUUGUACCAAAUUACUCUUCAGAUCAUGUUAUUACUUAAUUAACUUGAAAAAGCAUCACAGAAAGUCUGAGAGACAAAAUUUUGACAGCUUGCACACACUAUUUGUAACUUGUACGGGCUUACAACUUUGCACUGAUGUUACAGGAAAAAUGCACUUGUUUUCAGCCAACCAGAGGCAUGUAAUUUUAUCAUACAUGUUAUUAUAUUUCAUGUAAUUUUAUCAUGCAUGUUAUUAUAUUUAAAAUUGUCUAAGUUUUCAUUCUUGUUCUCUGAUUUUACUGUUUAUGUACACAAUUUGUAUUUUCUUCGAUUCCAGUACGAUUUUUUCUUGGUUUGCUUGGUCUUCUUGCCUUUUCAAAGUUCCGCAAAUCAAUCACAACCAAGUUUGGACAGGAUAUUGGGAAGAUUAUGGUGGUACUCACUGUUACUCAGUUUCAUUUCUUGUUCUACAUUUCAAGACCAUUACCUAAUACUUUUGCACUCAUUUUAGGUUGGUACACACAUGUAUACAUAUAUUUAACAACUCUUUUUCUGAGGCAAAGUCUGUAUAGUGAAGAAAUCCCUUAAAAUAAUGAAAUAAUAAUAUGUACAGCUACCUUCCAUUUGAGGCAAAAAUAUGGUGGAAUAUUUGUUGGCAGACUUAAUAUCUGUGCCAAUAAGGAACAUUACUUGAGGAAAAUUGUGAAGUUUUUGAAACCAAUAAUAUCUAGGGACAGGUGAAUGUCUAGAAACCUUUAAGUAACCCCUAAGGGUGAUAAGCACCUAAUUUCUCCUAACAGUAUCAUCCCUGAUUCAAACAUUAAGGUCAUGAGAAUAAAAAUAAUGAUCACAAAUCCAAGAUGCUCUUGAUUGUUCGACAAUUUCUCCUUGUAAUUCCCAUAGUUAAUGUAUCAAGAACAAUAUGGAGAACUUACAUACUGAUGUUAGGGUGUAAAGGUGUAAACAUCUCAAUCUUGUCAGGAAGAUGCCAUGCUUAAUCCUAUUAUUUGGUAAGGUAGUUUUGAGGUAAAUCCAAGCAUUCUGAUUGGUUAUUACUUGGUCGGGAUUCUGCCAUAUAGACCAUUUCCAUGGAAACAGUCAAAACCUGUGUAUUUUGUUUGUGAAAGCAGACAAAUUCAAAGUAAACAAGUUUGGUCCAAGUGUCAUACAAUAAACUACUUGCAAACCAAGGGUGGAGCCAUAUUUGGUAAUAUUGGUUCUCAGCCGUUCUUUUUGUACAUGCUACCACAACCUUGGGCAAGGAUUCCCCAAUAUGGUCCAAGGACUUGGCUAAUAAGAAGUUAUUGAUCAUUUUCUUAAUUCUGUCUUAUCAGUUCUUUUAGCAUUUCAUUACUGGCUGGAUCAACAUCACGCCAAAUUCGUUUGGAUAUCAGCUUUUGCGAUUAUCAUCUUCCGAUCAGAGUUAUGUAUUUUGCUUGGCCUGAUCCUACUGCUAGAGCUAGCUACAAAACGUCUGACUUUAGGCACUGCAUUUGUCCAUGCAGCAUCAGCAGGUGUCAGUGCUUUGGGUAAGUGGAUCAAAGAGUAUUCUUGUUGGAGAUGAAUUUUGAAUCAUCUCCAUUGUAGCUUGUAGAUUGAAUAAAUCCAAACUUCUCUGGGUUCUCUAGAAAGAAAAAGAAAGUAUGGAAAUAUUUUUAAUUCGCAUGAGAACUUAAUGGCAGUUAGAAAAAUCUGCACAGUGUCAGUAAUUGAAAAUUACUUUAUCAUUAACACAGGCAUAAAAGCAGCACCCAGUGAUAAGCCAAAAUCCAAGUUUAGCAACUCAAAUUUCUGAUCUAAGUACAGAAUGUACAGAAAUUCUGAAAGACAAUUUGGCACUGUCAUUUUGGAUCCAAAAAGAUCUAAGUACAGAAAUUCAGAAAGACAAUUUGGCAAUGUCAUUUUGGAUCCAAAAAGACCUUUCUUCUCAAAACGCAAGAGGGUGUAAAUAUUUACCUUAUGUAGAACUAAAUUCUCAGAGCUAAUUGUGGGAAAAUACUAGGUAGUGCUGAGAAUUACAAUUGAUCAGAUCUUGGGAUUUUUUUAAUUUGCUUAUUUUUUUAUUUCAUCAAUUUUUUUACUUUUUCAAACUCUUACAUUCUUUCAAACCAUGGCAAUCAUACUUAGAAUAUUUGUCAUGAGGUCGAAUUUUUUUAAUCCAUGUUUUCAUUCUCAUUAUUAUCAGCUUUGACUGUUUCUGUGGACUCCAUAUUUUGGAGAAGGUUCCUGUGGCCUGAAGGAGAAGUCCUGUGGUAUAAUACUGUCCUCAACAAGAGUUCUAACUGGGGUGUAUCCUUUCCAUUUCUAAUCAUUUCAUGUUGUCCUUCGGUAAUGUUUUGAAAAGGUAAAAUAGUUUCCAGUGAGGUCUUAAAACUAAAACACAACUCUCAUAGCUUUUUCUAAUCAGAUGCCUUGGAUCAGCAAAAGCUGGUGCGCUUGUUUGAAGCUUGUUUUUAAUUUUUACACACUGGAAACAAUUUCUACAUUUGGAGAUUGAAAAAUUUGUGGGAGUUUUGUGAGCGAGUGAGUAAUUUUCUUAAUUUUAUGGGAACAAAGUUUUGUGUUUCAAGAUGACUUAAAUUUCUGUUGGGAAUUUAUUUUGAAGAUUUUCAGUUCAAGCAGUAGACCAUUCACAAGGAGUAAAAGACAAUAAUAAUAUUUUCAAAUUCUCUAAACUUCCAAUUUAAACAAACAGGGAAACUAAAGAAAUAUUUGAAUAAUAGAUAGCUCUCUGGAUGGAAAUUCUCUUGAAAGUUGCAGAUGCCAAUCAUGAUUAUCACAGAACAAGACAAGUAAUCUGUUUAAAGCAGCAACAGAAAACAGAAUGAUGUAAUUUCUAGCCUUAAGCUUUAGGGAAACCCCUCAAUUUUUAAUAUUUUACUAUGUCAGCUUUCCUUCACUGCACUCUAGACCUCACCAUUUCUUUGGUAUUUUUAUUCUGUUCUUCCCAGAUGUUUGAUGUUUGGUUUAGUUUUAGUCCCUCUGGGACUCUGGCGGAACAGGAGAACCUGGGAACUAGCUGCACCAUGUUUAGGCUUUGUGUUUAUGUAUUCAUUUCUUCCUCAUAAAGAAUUGCGGUUUAUUAUUUAUGUUGUCCCUGUGAUGAAUGCAGUGGCUGCAUGUGGUCUGAGCUUUAUGUAAGUAUCGUGAACGUUCCAAUCUCUUUCCAAUAAACUAUUAAAUGUCGCUAUGGUGAAAGGGGGAGGGGAAUUUGGUUCAAAUUGACAGAGUACUAAAGAAUGUCACAAUCAAGAUUCUCCCUCGAUCAGUAGUCCGUAUUGAGCUUUAGGAAUCUUGAAUGAAAAUGAAAGUGAAAAUUAAAAGUUUACAUUGGGAUGCUGAGGGAGCAAUAUAAUCGAAGUGCAACUGCGUGAAUUGUAGUCUGUUUCCUCGUGCGUAAACGAAAAUGGUAAAUUUGAAGCCUGGUUACUUAGGUGAAAUAUGAUGUUAUUCCGUGAAAGACACAGGUAUAUUUGAGAAAAACGGCCUUUUCUGCCUCAAGUUUCCGAAAGCUCCGUGGUAGAGCAUCAGCAGUACUAAUUGGAAAGUCGAAGGCGCCAGUGCUACUGGGAAAACUCGGAGUUCUGAGUAUGCUCGUGUGUCAUUCACCAAAUUACAUCGUCUUUCAAGAAGUCUGCCUUAUCCUUACCUCUAAAUUUUUAACCAUCUUAAAACUGAUUUUUUUUUAACUACAAGAUGACUUAAGACAUAGCUACUAUAGGGAGGUAGGUGAUCGUAAAACGUGAAAGUAUUUAUCUAUGGAUUUACUAUGGUUCCUUCCAUAGACUCAAGAAUGAAUCCAAAUGGCAUCUCUUAGUCUCUGGUGUGGUCAAACUUCUGACUGUGGGGGGACUCCUAGGGAGCUCUCUAGCAACCGUUUUAGCGCUGUAUAUAUCGCAUUUUAACUACUCAGGUGGUGUGGCUCUGCAAAAGCUGCAUACGCUAUUAGAGAACCACCCAGGUAUAGUUAAAGUUAUUUUGAACAUUUAACCGAGAGAGAGUUAUGAAUGAUUGAUGUCUGGGAAAAGUCAGAGAUGACAGACUCAUUUGUUUUGGCUUCAGAACCUUGUCAUGUUCACAUUUCUGUCGCUGCGGCUCAGACUGGUGUUUCUCGAUUUGGAGAGAUCAAUCCAUCUUGGAGGUGAGGUUAAUUUACGUAUCUUUAACAGAUUAGUAAGUACGAUUAACGGUCCUGUUAGAUUAGUUGCUCCUUAUGAAUCUUUUACCGCAUGUUUUCCAAUGUGUAGAUUAAAUUGUAAUAGUGGAUGUGCUCUUGAUUGCCGUCUUGGGCCUUUCUAUCCCACUCAUGUCGGCAGCACUCAGAUUUGUCUUUUUGCUGGUAUGCCAAUGCCAUUUGUAGAGCAUCCAAAAUGGUUAUUGGAGGGUUUUCAGUUCGGAACCUCUUAGGAGCGUUCGGAUUUUGUAAGGUCGAAAGUUCGUCCCCUGUCGGGUGUGCUCGGAUUUUCUCAGUGGUAGAGCAUUGGAGCGAAUAAUCUGACAGCAGAAAGUUCAGACCCUGUUGGGUGUGCUCGGAUUCUCUCAACGGAAGGGUAUCCGAAAUAGUUAUCUAAAGGUCGUUGGUUCGGCUCCUGUCGGUUGCGGUCGGAAUUUCAGAAGGAUCAUGGCAAAAGUGCUCUGAUUUUUCCGUUCCCUGGUAAACGUGUGCGUCUGACUGCAGUUGUCAUUUCUCAUAAACGCCAGUUAUUCUUUAAUGAAGACGAUGACGGGUUUUAAUCUUAUAAUUUUUUUUUGCCUCUCAUAAGAUAUUCGAAGACAGAAGGUCUGGAAAAAGGCAGCCCGGAUAUGCUGGUUUUCUCGCAUCUUAUAACUGAACCAGAAUGUUACGAGCCGAAGGAGAGUCCGCAUUUUGUUCUAGGAGUGGUGGAGGGACUUGGUGGUAUAGAGAUGGUAGAUAGAAUAUGUAUUCUGGAGAGGAAGAACUGGAGGAAAGCCAAGACAUGAGUCUUUGAUGUUUGCGUUUUAGGCCUAAAAUAAGUAAAGAAUCCGUUUGAAAAUGCAAAAGACUAGCGGCAAAGAAUUAAUAUCAUUGCGUAGACUGAUAAGUUUUUGAUUAAAUAUAGACUAGGCAUUGAAUUGCUCUCAAAAAGAUAAGUUCCUUAAUGCUUGAAGAUAACUUACAGUAUGCAGUCGAAAAGUUGUGAUCCACAUCGGGAAUGACUACAUCUAAAGGAACAAACGGUUACUAUUCAUUACAAACAUUUUAUUCUCCAAAUCACGAUUAAAAUAUGACAAACUGCUUUCAGCCGCGAAGAUCAAUUCUUUACUUGUUAUCUUAUCUGAGGACAAAGAAAUAAAUAAAGGUUACAAGUUAU